UCCGCUGCCGGGGGUUGCAGCCAGGGGGAGCCGCGGCCCGAGGGCUCUCCCCGAGCCUGCGAUGAGUUUGCCCGGCCUCAGCCGCCGCGGCUGAGCGCCUGCGCGGAGGGGGAGCCGAGCCCCCUUCCCCAUGGAGAGGCCGGAGGGCGAGCAGCGCGGCGCUAGCGGCAGCGGCCCGGCGGGCGAGGCGGAGGCGGGCAGCGGGCCCGUGUUGGAGGAGCCCGGUAGCGGAGCGACGGACACGACAAUGGAGGAUUGUUUAUCGAAGAAAAUAGAGAUCACGGUCUCAGAAGCCGAAAAACGGACUGGAAGAAAUGCCAUGAACAUUCAAGAAACCUACACUGCUUACCUCAUUGAGACAAGAGCUGUUGAGUCACAGACUGAAGGACAAUGCUCCCCACCAGACUCACUUUGGAGGCGAUACAGUGAAUUUGAGUUGCUGAGGAAUUAUUUGUUAGUUAACUAUCCACAUAUUGUUGUUCCACCUUUGCCAGAAAAAAGGGCUGAGUUUGUUUGGCAUAAGUUAUCAGCAGAUAAUAUGGAUCCAGACUUUGUGGAGAGACGAAGGAUUGGUUUGGAAAACUUUCUAGUACGUGUGGCUUCACAUCCCAUCAUUUGCCAGGACAACAUUUUUUAUUCCUUUUUAACACAGGAAGGCGGAUGGAAAGAAAUGGUGAAUGAAACUGGGUUUCAGUUAAAGGCAGACUCCAGAUUAAAAGCUCUUAAUGCAACAUUCAGAGUGAAAAACCCAGACAAGAGAUUUACUGAGCUAAAACACUAUAGCGAUGAACUGCAGUCUGUCAUAUCGCACCUUCUGCGAGUCAGAGCUAGAGUGGCAGACCGCCUCUAUGGUGUAUACAAAGUGCAUGGGAAUUAUGGGAGAGUGUUCAGUGAAUGGAGUGCAAUAGAAAAGGAGAUGGGGGAUGGGCUGCAGAGUGCUGGCCAUCACAUGGAUGUAUAUGCAGCUUCUAUUGAUGAUAUAUUAGAAGAAGAAGAGCAUUAUGCAGAUCAGCUAAAGGAAUAUCUUUUCUAUGCAGAAGCUCUGCGGGCAGUUUGCAGGAAACAUGAACUAAUGCAGUAUGACUUGGAAAUGGCUGUUCAGGACCUGGCAUCUAAGAAACAGCAGUGUGAAGAACUGGCAACAGGAACUGUGAGAACAUUUUCUCUGAAGGGAAUGACAAGCAAACUGUUUGGUCAGGAAACUCCUGAGCAAAGGGAAGGCAAAAUAAAAGUGCUUGAAGAACAAAUACAUGAAGGGGAAGAACAACUGAAAUCUAAAAACGUGGAGGGCAGAGAGUUUGUGAAAAGUGCCUGGGCAGAUAUUGAGCGCUUCAAAGAGCAAAAGAAUCAUGACUUGAAAGAGGCCCUCAUAAAUUACGCUGUGAUGCAGAUUAGUAUGUGCAAAAAGGGAAUUCAAGUUUGGACAAAUGCUAAAGAGUGCUUCAGCAAGAUGUGAUUCUCCAGACACUAAUUUUUCCUCAACAAAGUGCCAGAGAACAGAAGCACAAGUGCACAAUCACAGAUACUAAGUUGCUACAUGAUCUACAUAUAAAUCAUGAAAUAAAUGAUUUGGGUAAAUACAGUUUUCUUUAUGCUGAUUGUAGUUGUGUUAAUAGAGGACAGAAAGGAAAUAUUCUUAUGUAGUUAGUCCCAAUCAAUCACUUUGUGGCAUAUUUUACAUGUAGCAAAUAAUUGAGGGGUGAAGGGGUUAAUGAAAGCUUCAGUUCUACAUUGAGGCAAAGGCUUUAGGGAAAGUCCAGACUAACCUGAAAAGGUACAGUGUCAUAUACAACUGAACUGGUCUCUGUAUCUUCUGAACCAUCAUGUUCUGCAUUAGAUCUCCUGAUGCCACCUUCUGCCCUUAAUGGUUAGGAUUUGUAGUACUAGAGGGUUGGGGGAAGAGGGCUGUUUUUUUUGUUUUUAUUUUUAUUUUUGUUAAUGGUGCAUACAGUUGUAUUCUUGAGGUUUACAAAACCUGAAAUUCAUUGUACUGCCUAGGGUUCAUAGAUACAUGCCUUUGUAUCUCCAUGGAGAAAUUGUUUUGUUUUUCCCAAAAUUCAGGUUAAACAGUCUCAAACUUUUGAGAUUUCUUCAUUCCCUCUACAAUAGAGGAAUUGAACAACAGUUCUACACGAUAGUUCUCUCUUAUUCUUUCCCAUUAGAAUUUAAAUACUGACAUUCAUCUGUCAACUAAUUUUUGAUAACUGGUAAAGGAGAUUAAUGACUCAACUAAGCCAAACUCAGAUCUGGUGUACUCAGGUACAACUUCGAUUCCAUUUAUGGAAAUGGCUUACCCUAGAUGUAAAUGUGGCCCUGUUCUCAGAGCCUCAGUUGCUGUUUAGCUCUAUAGAAAUAGUCCCUUUUAAAAUAUAAGGGGACAUGAAAAUAGCUGAUUUUCUUUUGAAUAUUUAAGAUUCAUGGUGUUCUGUAAAUCACCAAUCUAAAUAGGCUUUGCUUUACUUUUAAAACACCAUGUUUCACUAUUGCACAUAUACCUGUGAAUUAUUAUGACAAGUUAUCAACAUUAAUGUAGUUCUUACUGUUUGGCUGUAAUAUUUUAAAAGGCAAAUGAAUAAAUUUAAUCUGUUAGACUGAGCUAUUUGUCUUCAAAAGCCAAUGCAUCUUUAUUUCUUGCUAGCUUUGCGGAAUCUUAACAAAACAAAGAAACCCCACCAUAACUGUUUAACAUUGGGUGUUGCUACAUGUUUUAAAUGCCUCUGGAAUUUGCAGACCUAGUAAGUGAUCCAAAAGAAGAUUUGCUAUAAUAUUCACUUGAAUCAUAUAUUUAUAAUAAUUAAACAUUAUUUCAGAUACUGGAUUUAAUGUAUGCCAAAAGGCUUGAAAAUUUGCUAUAAUGAUCCAUGCAUUUUUCCAGUACCAGAUAUUGUGUUUUGCAGUGAUAUUUUGUGAUAAAAUCAUUUAAAAAAUUUUAAAAUCAUUAAGCGCUUGUGUAUGUUAAGAUCUAAAUUUAUUAAAAGGUUAAAUAUUAGUUUAUACUUUUAGUUCCUCUGCCUUACCUUUUCAAGGCAAGGAUAAUGACAAAUUUUUCAUCCACAAAGAAGUUACGUUGAGCAGAAAGUCUCCCCAUUUCAUAUUUACAAAAUCAUUCCAUUUUAAAGAACUGUGGCAUUCAGGUCCUAGACCAAGUAAAGUUAAGGACUUGUACAUUCCAAAAACAAGGAGUUGUACGUUUAGAGUAUCCAGUAAACAUUCUAGAGUAGUGGUGCCUUAAUUAAUAUGAGGAGGCACUUGGAGUAAAUAUUUUUCAUGCACUUUGAUUUUGUUUGAUAGAUCUUUCUGGUGCCUCUUCCCUCCCCCCCCAUAUUUUACAUGCCGUUCAAAUUACUAAAUGUAUUAUAUGCCUUUUUUCUUGCUAGUUGUGUUUGAGAUGGGAACAAAACAGUUCUUGUAAGCUUCGUGCCAAAUAUGCUAAAUAAAAUUGCUCUUUGAUA